ACACACUCGUGUCAUGUUAAUCCCGUGAGAUUAGGUCAAACCUUGGCCACUGUAGAAUUAGAUUCCAAACACCAUGGCAACGACGAGAGUGAGAGAAAAACACGAGUGGGAACUUGUCGCUCAUUUGUAUACGAUUUGUAUUCCAAGAGUUGUCUGUCUUUGUAUGGCCACACCAAUGCGCCGUCCACGUGCGCAACAUGAUCACGGGACCGUAGAUGUUAUAUUUAGGAGGUGAGAGAGAUUCCUUUGACUAUCUUUUCUCAAGGGCUUGCUGUCGAGUGCAGCAGGGAGGAGGAGAAGAAGGAGAGCGGCGCGGCGCGGUGGGUCGUGGGGGGAUGGCCGCUGUUGCAUUGCACACAAUCACCAAAAUAGGACAGAAGCGACCGGCUGUGACGUCCCUACGUGCACUAAAUUGAGCCCUCCGUGUUUUUUUUUUUCGUGUUUAUGGAGAAGAGCAACCAGGAACAACAGUCAUCGACGAGAAUUCAUGGACAAAAGAAAGAUACAAUGUCACAGAAGCAGAAUGAGGUCUACACCUAUGAGUUCUGCGACCCGGAUCAUCCAGCUGAGAUCCUGGAUGCCCUCAGGCAUUUCUACCUCAAUGGACUUUUUACAGACAUCACUCUGCAAUGCGCCGAUGACUCGGAGCGGGUGUUCCGCUGCCACAAGGCGCUACUGUCCGCCAGGAGCUCCUACUUCCAGAUUAUGUUCACAGCUGAUAUGAAGGAGAGGUCCAACAGUGUCAUCAAGCUGGCCGGAGUAGAUUGCGAGGUUCUCGCGGUUUUGGUGGAUUACGUUUACACGGCUCAAGUGAGCAUCACGGAGAAGAACGUGCAAAGCCUGCUGGAGGCCGCCGAUCUGCUGCAGUUCAUCUCGGUCAAAAGUGCGUGCGAAAGUUUCCUAGUUCGCCUUCUAGAUGUGGACAACUGCUUGGGCAUGCAUGCGUUCGCUCAACUCCACCUAUGUCCGCGACUGGAACGUGAGUCCAGGAGGGUGAUGCUGAGCAGGUUUGCAGAACUGAUCCAGCAAGAGGAGUUCCUGGAACUGGACUCCAAUAAGAUCCGGACGUUACUGCAGAAACUCAACGUGCCGAGGGAUGAACUGCUGAUUGACGCGGUGACCAAAUGGGUGAUCCACGACUUGGAGAACCGUAUGCAUCGCACUGUGGACCUGCUGCGGUCAAUCCAUCUGGACCUGGAUGAGACUACUUUCCAGCAGUGCCUAGCAACGAGUGAGGAAAGGUUCAAAUCGACGCUCGCUCAGGCUCUGACCCCCAAAAGUAAAGCGAGAACCGCAGAUGGAAAAACCAACAUUUACAUUAUUGGAGGAUACUACUGGCAUCCUCUUUGUGAAGUUCACAUAUGGGAGCCUACACGCGACACAUGGCAGCGAGGAAAAGACAUGCCGGACCAUGCGAGAGAGAGCUACAGCGUGGCUUUACUCGGGGCCGACAUCUACGUGACAGGAGGCUACAGGACCAACACGGUCGAGGCCCUUGACGCGGUUUUUAUUUACAGCUGUGACUAUGACGAGUGGACGGAGGCGAGCCCCAUGAUCACAGCCAGAUAUUACCAUUGUUCGGUUGCUUUGCACGGCUGUAUUUAUGCUAUCGGAGGCUAUAGAGGAGGAGCUCCAGAGCAGGAGACAGAAUGGUACGAUCCACUAAAGAAGAAAUGGUUCCCUGGGGCAAGAAUGAUCCAAGGUGUAGGAAAUGCCACUGCUGGUGUGAUGGGAGAUAAAAUCUAUGUGACCGGAGGCCACUAUGGAUUCAGGGGAAGCUGCACGUAUGAGAAAAUUCAGGUCUACAUGCCAGAUAUCAACGAGUGGAGCAUUAUUACAAUAAGCCCUCAUCCAGAGUAUGGACUGUGUUCCGUGUCUCUUGAGAACAAACUUUAUCUGGUCGGCGGACAGACGACGAUCGCAGAUUGCUAUGACACACAGAGAGAGGAAUGGAGCUCGAUAUCGGUGAUGAAGGAGAGGAGAAUGGAGUGCGGCGCUGCGGUCAUCAAUGCUUGCAUCUAUGUCACAGGGGGCUACUCCUAUUCUAAAGGGACUUACCUGCAAAGCAUUGAGAAGUACGACCCAAAAUUAGACACCUGGGAGAUUGUCGGGACGCUUCCUAGCCCGUCCAGGUCACAUGGAUGUGUCUGUGUGUACAGUGUUUGAUGUUGAGAUCUUUACAUACUUCUUGGUUGCUGUGUGACAAGUACAAAUACAUUGAAUGACCAGACGUGCCAAUCGGGAAACUAUGCAAGUAUUAAUGAAUAUUUUUUAUUGACCUUACAGGAUGAAGAGUUACGUCAUAUUUGUGUUGGAUAUUCUUUUACUCAAAAGAAAUAGCAUCAAUCAGAACAACAACAAUGACCUUAGUUGCUCUUUCUGGGGCUUUUAGAUUGGCCUGUGGAAAACCAAUUGCAUUACACAAAAGAACUAUUGAUGAUUCCAUUACUUACACACAUUUGUCCACACUAAAGCCCUGUAAUAUUUGUUGCAAACCGGUUACUUGAAAUGUAUUUACUCUAUUAAUUUAUUUUAAAUAAAUUUAUCU